AUGACCUUUUCAAUGUCUAUGUCAAAAAUAUUAUCAACAGAAAAUGUCCUCCAUGACACGCCACAACUUAGAUCAGGAACAACAAAGCAAAGCAGCUCUUUACAUGUUUUAGCCUCUAUACUCGGGGAAGGUUUAAUAUUUACCAAUAGAAUGGCUCAAAUGAAAGCAAACAGUAAGACCUUGCUGACUCAGCUUGUACAAGAUGCCGUUCUGAAACUCUGCACUCAACACAUCACCUUCGACACCCAGCUGGAAAUAGAUGGCAUCAUAUGUGUCAGUCCUGGAGAGAUGGUCCCGGAGAUUGUCAUCAAGAUGCAUCGUACCAUCAUGAAGCCAGAAGAGCCAGUUCAAGCACAAUGGGCAGAUAUCACUGGGUCUGAUGUAUACACAGGAAGCCCACAGGCUACACAUACUCAGUCCCAGAGGUCCCGUAAUCGAUCAUCACAGAUUAGAGGGAGCCCCCAGCAACCAUCACCGAGACAUGAUCCUCCACAUUCCAAACGUCGUUUAGACAACCAACCUCAACUAGAACAAUAUGCAAUACCUGAUAGCAUGCCACAGACCAGCAUCAAUAUUAAACCAGAGCCUCCUUAUUUGGACAGCCAGACACUGUCUGGUUCUGUAGGCUCUGGGGAUAGUAACACUGGUUAUGGCUUUGAACCUGAAAGUUCAUAUGGUGUCCCCAGUGGUAGUGCAAAAAAACGUAAGCCACCAGAGCUUGAUACAACUUCAGUUGCCAACAAAAUAAUCAAAACUGAGGAGCCCAUUUUAAUAGAAGAAGACAUGACAACGCCAACUGACCAGACAUACAUGGGGGAAGAUAAUGGUGCAAUUGUGCAACAAGACAAAAGCAACCAACAAUACAUUAGAGCAGAGGUUUCCCAAACUGAAGCAGAUAUUUUCCAAACUGGAUCAGAUAUUGUCGUAACUGGAGCUAGAUUGCUGCACCAUAAACAGAAGACAUUCAUAGAUGUUGUAGAGAAGCACCAAUGUAAUGUGUGUGAGGAGUUGUUUCCUAGCAACCGUUGUGUAGAACAUCACACAAUGUUAGUCCACAACAAAUACUGCAGCAUUUGUAACAGUAGAGUGGAUGAGCUGACUGAGCAGGAGUGUAAAGCUCAUGGCAGGGAACAUAUAGGAGAGAAACCAAACCACUGUGUGCACUGCUACAAGUUAUUCACUGGCAAACCUGGUGUUGCUAUGCACCUAGCUAGGGACCUGCAGUGUCUCAUAUGUGGCAUGAGGAUACUAAGAAAUAACAAGAAAGCUCACUUAGAAUUGCAUUCGCAACAUUAACAUAAGGACAUUGAUAUUUGUUUUUUGAGGCCAGAAAAUGUAAAGAUCCCUAUUGGUUUUUAUACUUUGUAUUAGUAUUUUGCAAACUCAAUAUGCCCAAAUAUGGGCGAUGAGGAAAUAAACUGAUGAAACUUUUUAUGAAACUAAACUAACUUAAACUUUUCUCAUUUAGUCUCUUUAAGUAUGUCUCUCUUAGCAGAACUUGAGGUACUACCUCUAGGUACAAAAUGGGUCUAUGUGAUACCAGUAUUGAAAUUCGAUGCCACUUGCAGCACUAUAUCAAAUCUCAUCAAGAAUGGAUGAUCUUGCAUAGGUACCUACUACCUAUGCUAGAACCAGCUCUUAUAUCUCAACCAACAACAAGUGAGGGAGUCAUUUUCUCAAUGGGAUUCAUUCUCAUAAAAUCAUAUGACAGAAAUUGACAAGUUAGUUUCAUGGUUUUAACUGUGCUUGUAGAGAAUGUUUUAGACCUUCAGUAACAAUUAGCUGUUAUAACAAUGGUAACACUUACACACGUAAAUGAAAAUCAAAGAUAGCAGACAAGUUACUAGUAUUUGAAAGUGUGAGCAAUAGACUGCCUAUAAUCACCC